UAGGGAUAGGAAGGCCGUUAACAUUUUACAUCAGUUGUAUCUCCUUCAUCUUUUGGGUGUGAUGGUUUGAUCUCUACUUCGUUUAAUGUCGCCUCUUGCUCGAAUCUAUUUCUAACCCCCGGCUUGGUUUUGGCGAAUUACAUGAUGAAUGCUGCAACUUCGUUGUUUAGGAGGUUAAAUAUCAGAGAGCUGGUAACAAGCACACAUGCUUACAAUACCGCUAGUGAUGUUUCUGGAGAUGGAUUCAGCUUGAUGUUUAGACGGUGGGCUACCAAAAAGACGGCAGGGUCUACAAAGAAUGGCCGUGAUUCAAAACCAAAGAAUCUAGGGGUGAAGAAAUUUGGUGGGGAGAGAGUGAUUCCAGGAAAUAUUAUUGUUCGUCAAAGGGGAACCCGAUUUCAUCCUGGAAACUAUGUUGGAAUUGGGAAAGAUCACACGCUUUAUGCUUUGAAAGAAGGCUGUGUUAAAUUUGAGCACCACAAGCUGAGUGGGCGCAAAUGGGUGCAUGUUGAACCCAAGGAUGGCCAUAUGCUUCACCCAGUCUACUCAAGCACUACAGCUGCUGAGCCAAAGACAGCUACUUAAGAUUUCUGAUUUGUGAACUGUUGAGUGAUUCAUGGAGCAUAGAUCUAACAAGUGAUAAGCCACUAUGAAGGCUGUCUCAGUUUUGUAUCUUUUAGGUCUCUUGAUUUAAAGCAAAUAUCUGAAGAUUAGUCAAUGGAUGGAUGUUCUGCCUCUAUAUUUGA